AAAAUUAUUAUAGUUAUUAGAUAUUUAAUUAAUUUAUAAAUUACAACAAUGAUUAAAUUAGUUAUUUUACCUUUAAUAUUGUGCCUAUUAUCACAAACUAGUAGUGAACUAACUCGAGUGAAUUUAGUAAAAAUCAAAUCAGCUCGAAGUUAUUUUGCUGAAAAUGGCAUUAAUGUCGCAAAAUAUAACGGGAACCAAACGGGACAAGACAUACCGGUCCGGCUGUCCAACUAUAUGGACUCGGAAUACUACGGAUUGAUAACGUUGGGCACUCCACCCCAGACAUUCAAAGUAUUGUUUGAUACGGGCAGCUCUGACCUAUGGGUGCCAUCCAGUACUUGCCGAUCCGCAGCAUGUAGGUUUCACAAGAGAUACAACUCAGCUAGAUCGUCUACUUACCAGCCAAACGGCCAACAUUUUUCUAUACAAUACGGCACCGGCAGUGCAGCCGGAUAUCUAAGCACAGAUACCAUGACAAUAGGCGGGGGUCGGGUCACCGGUCAGACGUUUGCCGAGACAACCAGCGAAAGUGGUGAUGUGUUUACUUACGCCGAGUUUGACGGCAUACUAGGCAUGGGUUACCCGCAGAUAUCGGUAGACGCCGUGACCCCAGUGUUCAACAAUAUGAUAGCACAGGGAGUGGUGUCGGCGCCGGUAUUCUCCUUCUACCUGAACCGCGACCCCAACCAACCCAUCGGUGGUGAAGUGAUGUUUGGCGGCUCAGACCCCGACCACUACACCGGCAACUUGACGUACGUCCCGGUGACUCAACAGGGCUAUUGGCAAUUCACCAUGGACAGUGUAAGUAUUGCCGGUGCUCCGAGUGGACAGUAUUGCUCGGGUGGC